AUGACUAAUUUCUUGACGAAGUCGAUUAGCGUUAGUCGCGCUGUUUCCUUGGUUUCUCAUGGAAUCAAACCUUUCGUCGCAACUCGUGGCCUUGCAACGGUUAAAGAUCAGUCGUUCACUCUCAACAAAAAGCCACCUCCACCAAUAGCACCCUAUGCUCCCGUUUCAUUAAAACCAACACCCGCAACCCUCAAACUCAAAUCUGGUGAAGUUUAUUCUGGCACCUCUUUUGGAGCUAAUGUCCAUACUUCUGGUGAAGCGGUUUUCACAACAUCUCUCGUCGGAUAUCCCGAGUCGAUGACUGACCCUUCAUAUCGCGGUCAAGUUCUUGUUUUCACCCAACCACUCGUUGGGAAUUAUGGUGUGCCUGGCAUCUUUAAAGAUGAAUAUGGCCUCCUCAAAUUCUUCGAGUCAGAUAGAAUUCAUUGUGAAGGAAUUGUUGUCGGCGAUUAUGCAUCUCGUUAUUCGCACUGGACUGCUGUUGAGUCGUUGGGUGAAUGGUGCACCCGUUUUGGAGUUCCCGCUAUCUCAGGCGUUGACACUCGGGCAAUUGUUCAUAUUCUGAGGGAUCAGGGUUCAACGCUUUCCAAAUUAUAUAUCGGGGAAGAUCCCGACUUCUCCAAAAUUCCUUAUUCCGACCCAAAUGAACGAAACCUUGUUUCAGAAGUUAGCACGGCAGUUCCCGUUUCUUACAAUCCUUUUGGCGACAUCAAAAUCGGAGUUGUUGAUUGUGGUGUUAAAAAUAAUAUCUUGCGCGCACUUGUUAAGCGUGGUGCUGCGGUGACUGUUCUCCCUUGGAAUUUCAAUUUCAACAAGGUUUCGGAUCAAUUCGACGGCAUCUUCAUCAGCAACGGUCCUGGAAAUCCAACAAAAGUUGUCGAAACGGUUCAAAAUGUUCGUCACGCCUUGGCAACCUACAAACGACCAAUUUUCGGAAUCUGCAUGGGAAACCUUGUUUUGGGUCUUGCAGCUGGUUUAGAUGUUUAUAAACUCCGCUUCGGAAACAGAGGUCACAAUGUCCCCGCUUUGAACGUGCUCGACGGAAAAUGUCAAAUCACUUCCCAAAAUCAUGGUUAUGCAUUGCAAGACAACGUGAUGCCAAACGGAUGGACAAAAUAUUAUGUGAAUGCAAACGACGGCUCAAACGAAGGAAUUCGCCACAAGACUCUCCCAUUUAAGAGUGUCCAAUUCCAUCCUGAAGCAAAAGGAGGACCUCAGGAUACAGAAUUUUUGUUUGACGAAUUUCUUUCGAAGGUUCGCACUGACAAAAUUCAACGCGAAGGGAUCAAAACCUUUGUUCCAGAAACUUUCAUUUCACAACCGCAAGUUGUUUGA